UACAUGUGGUACAGAUCAGGCGGGAAAUAUGAUGACCAUAAGCUGGACAGUCAGACUCAUGACAUUCCUGGCCCUAAUAACUGACAUGUCUUGUUUUAAAUCACCAUUCAAAACCAAGGACACCCAUCUGACAGCUGAAGAGGGCUCCUGCGUUCAGAUUGCCUGCACCGUCAUCCAAGAUGUUUUUGACAGCAAUGCAAACUGGUUCUGGAUACGAAAUCCACAGUGGAACCCGACAAGCAAAGAUUUUAAUGGCACUAUCGUUUACAGUAACAACCAGGACAGUGCCAUCAGCCAGGACUUUGCAGAGCGGGUGCAAUAUCUUGGCCCCUCACAUUUUGGCGAAGGUUCAAAAAAUUCCCUGUGCGGCAUUUCAAUGACCAACCUGAAGAGAGCGGACAGCGGGAACUACUCUUUUAGGUUUGCAGGACAGCGGAAAUGGAUAACCACCCCGGGGGUGAAGUUAACAGUUAAAGGCCUAGAAAUCACAUGGCUCAAACUGUCACUCAGCAGUCUACAAUUAGAGGACAACAACCCCAUAAACAUCACAGCCAGCUUCGUCGUGGACUGGCAGAACAACCACAUGGUGUUUUCCUGCCGUGCUCGGGGUAACACGGAGCCGUGUCUGGACCACAACAUUACCUUAACUGUACAAUAUCCCCCAAAGAACACUUCAGCGUCAGUGGAGCCCACUGGUCCGGUGCAGGAGGGCAACGCUGUGACCCUGAACUGUGACAGCGUGGCUUUUCCAGCGGUGGAGACCUACACCUGGUACAGAGUGGGUCAGACAUGGAAUGAAACUGUAAGUUCUGAAAGAAGCUUCACCUUCCAAGCAAACAAGCUUUCAAGUGGCAAGUAUUUCUGUAAAGCCAUGAAUAACCAAGGAGCUGAAGACUCCAACCACAUCAGCAUCGAUGUAACAUACAGCCCGAGGAAUAUCACAGUUUCCAGCAAUGGUUGCCAUAACAACCAAGUGAAAGUCAACAGCCCUCUCAAAUUCACCUGUAACGCCGAUGCCAACCCUCAACCGUCAAGCUACACCUGGUACUACAAAGGUGGUCCGUCUUGGUGGUGGACGAAGUUGACAGGUCAUCAACACACCCUCACGUUGCACCAUGUCCUACGUACACAUGACGGAUGUUACAUGUGCAGUGCAACCAACACAAUUGGAAAAGGGGUGAAUGGGAGCGCUUUGUGCGUACACGUACUUUACCCUCCCACCAAACCUUUUCUUGAGAUGAUUCCUGUGGCUAAGGAGGGCGACUUCAUCACCAUCGGAUGUACUGUUCAAAGCGUCCCAUUUUCAGAACUCACCCUGACAUGGACCUCCAAGACAAAGCCUCACCUCUCCAAACAGAUCCUCCCUCGAUCUGAUUACAGUUCAGACUCCAAUAACGCUCUCGGUGUCUCGCUAAAUGUCACUUCAGACUCUGAGGGCUUUUAUACCUGCUAUGCCAAAAACUCAGAGGGAUCCAACAAAACUGAAAUGGAACUAGUGGUUGAAUAUACCCCGAAAAAUGUGACAGUGCUCGCUCAGCCCGGUACUGUUGUGAGUGAAAAUGAACCAUUGGUGCUGACCUGCAUGGGCCAGUCUCAUCCACCUGUGACCUCCUACAAAUGGCUGAAGAACCAGGGGGUUGAGAUGGUGGGUCAGUUUCAGAACUUCAGUUUGAAGUCCCUGGCUCCUUCUGACAGCGGAUUCUACAGCUGUGCAGCUACGAACCCCAUCGGAAUAGGGCACUCAAAGGAACUCGAGAUCAAAGUCAAGUAUGCCCCAAGGCACACAGACAUUAUUCGCUCAUCUGACGACCCGUGGCGGGACAGGUGGAGUCCUGUGGUACUGAGCUGCAGGAGUCACAGCUUCCCCCCCGUCAACCAGUACAGGUGGUACAGGAUGACGAAGGACGACGUUGACGACAAAUUUGUUUCUAGUCACCGCAACCUAACCGUCCACGCAGACCAGCCGGGAAGUUACUACUGUGUCGCCUCCAAUGGCAUGGCAGACAGAAAGUCUGAGCCGGUGCAACUCUUUAUUUACCCCAUGGGACCUUUAAUGUGGAGCCUGUCAUUCAUCCUCUCCUUUAUUAUCAUUCUGCUUGCUCUUUUUUUCAUCCAUUUCUGCAGGUACAAGAGAAAUACAAGUCAACAAGAGGCUACCAACACAUGGCCUUGUUUCAGCUGCUUGGAUUUUCUGGUCACACAAAAUGGCACCAGGGAGCGUCUGGUGAGCGAGAAUAUGUUGGCAGAGCCUCGUAGGAACAGAGAUGACAUUUUGCCAGACAACACAUACUGCCUGGAGCCCCAGCCCUGCAGGCCUUGUCCAGACAGCAUGUCAAACCUCACCACUGUGUACAGCAUGCUGCACCUGCCCUCGGAACAGCAGGUGAGGUAUGAGAGUCGUUUGCCACAGGAGCCAAUGGAUGAAGCACGCGAUGGACACAGGGAGCAUGAAGCGGUCAGCUAUGCAUCCCUACAGUUUGUGCAUCAGAAAAAAAACGAAAGUUCUGCGAGUGCUAAAGUCAUGACGAGUGAGGAUCAUGUGUACGCUAAGGUCGCCCAGCCAAAGCUGAAUGAAAAGGGGGAGCUGGGGGACUAUGAGAACAGUAAAGGAGCAUGUGCUCCAAGGUGUCAAACAAACAGCAGUUCAGAGACCAGCGAUGAAGAGGUAGAGCUCAAGUACUCUGAGGUGAGCUUCACGGCAAAGCGAGACCCUCAGAGACCCUCUCGCCGCUUUAGUAUGGACACCAGCAGCUCAGAUGAUGACGACUACCGCCUCCAUUUUGCCGAUGUUGAGGUUUGGCCUGCUUAG